GUCCUGCCUCCGCCUUGGCGUGCGGCGACGCAGGCACCUGGGCGUGCUGCGAAGAGGCGGAGGAAAUUAUUGAUGUUUCAGAGGUACCUUGGACAGACAUAAGUUUGUGAGCCUCCUCUGAGCUGUAGAGUUAGGCCUGUGCAGGGACAUGAAGCCUUUCGGGAAGCCUUUCAAGUGGAAGAGCUAGUAGACUGCUUUGAAGUCGGUACAAACUUCUGUGACGAAGACCUGUGAUAGGGAGCAACUGUUUUCAGUUAUUUGCAUUAAAUCUCAACAGUACUUUUCUGCCAUCUGCUGCAGAGCAGGAGAUUACCAGACAUGUCCCUAGCACUCAAACAAGUCUUUAAUAAGGAUAAGACUUUCCGUCCAAAACGCAAGUUUGAGCCCGGAACCCAGAGGUUUGAGCUUCAUAAACGAGCACAAGCCUCUCUGAACUCAGGUGUGGACUUGAAAGCAGCUGUGCAGUUGCCCAGUGGAGAAGACCAAAAUGACUGGGUAGCUGUCCAUGUUGUUGACUUCUUCAACAGGAUCAACCUCAUUUAUGGAACUAUCUGUGAGUUCUGCACAGAGAGGACCUGCCCUGUGAUGUCUGGAGGCCCUAAGUAUGAGUACCGGUGGCAGGAUGACAUGAAGUACAAGAAGCCUACAGCAUUGCCAGCACCCCAGUACAUGAAUCUUCUCAUGGACUGGAUUGAGGUGCAAAUUAACAAUGAGGAUAUAUUUCCUACAAGUGUAGGUGUUCCCUUUCCAAAGAAUUUCCUUCAGAUCUGCAAGAAGAUACUCUGCCGGCUUUUUCGGGUGUUUGUUCACGUCUACAUUCAUCACUUUGACCGCAUCAUCCUUAUGGGGGCCGAGGCCCAUGUCAAUACCUGUUACAAGCAUUUUUAUUACUUUGUGACAGAGCUCAAUCUGAUAGACCGCAAAGAACUAGAGCCUUUGACCGUUUUCUCUAUAUAUACAUCCAGCCUUCGUGAAAGCAACAAUGGCACCCAUAAAUAAAUGGACAUAAGCAGUUUCAAACCCUGACAUAUAAAUGAUCUGCCAGUCAGCAAAGGACAGUUUAAGCUUGAAAUCAAAGAACUAAUUUCAUUAAGUCGCUGUGUUUUUGUUACCACUGUCCUUCAUAGCUACCCAUUUCUGGAUUUAUAUUGUUGCUUAUUGCUACUGAAGCACAGCCCUUUGGAUCGUUCUGAAUUGUCACAUUUUACAGCACUUAAAGGAGCAAGACAAGAAGAAUAAUAGCACAUCAUUUUAAAGUUAUAUUUAUUUUUUUAUCCUUCUAAACUUUCCAGUGUGUUCUGUAUGCUGUCCAGAUGGCUUAAGCUUUAGGCAGGUACCUCAUAAGGUUUAAUCUUGUUCAGAGCUGUAGGUGGUGCUCCAGAAACUGGUCACUCUCAAAUUAAUCUGUCAUGAACAGUUUCUGACUCUGAAAUCUGCCAGUGAAAUUUCUGUAUGAAAAACUUUUAUUUCUGCUCUCCUCAUGCGUUGGCAUUGGGACAUCCAAAGGGAGAGCAAGAAACCCUCUUACUGCAUGUAAUACUGCUGCAGUAACAACAAAUUGUCCUAAUGGACAAACUGGCACCCAAAUUUCUCGUCCCUCCUCCAAUGUCUGCCCUCCCACAAAAUUGCAUGCCAUGCCUUCUGCUAGAUGGAGCUGACCAUGAGCCUCUCUUCAAAGAAAAUUCACCUGCUAAAUACCUACCAUGCACCUUGUAGAAAAGUGUCUUCAACGGUCCAGUGUGCCAGCAGAUGCGGAACAAACGCCUCGUAUGCAUGUGCAUGCAGGUAAUGGGGUCAGAGGCUGUGUGUGUGCUCAGUUGUUCUAUCUGUGCAUGUAAUGCAGGCAGGCAUACAGCUACUGUAAAAAUGUUCAUAACUCAGGUACUUGUAUGUCAGUUUUAUUGUAUAUAUUCAUAGUAGUUUCCCUGAAAGGUUCUUGCUCAUGGUUGUUAUAAAUUCUGUCACUCAUUUCAGAGUGUUAGGCUGACUUACUAUUUGUCUGGAUAUUAUUCAAAAAUAAAUAAGUAGUAGCUAAAUCAGCUUUAAAGUAGGCAUUUGUUUGUUUCUUUUUUUCUUUCUUUUUUAUUUUCUCCAGCUGUUUGCUGUAGUAAAAGAGUCCCUAUUCAGGCAAGGCAUGUCACUGCUUCUAACUAGCCAUCAGUAUCUUUUUUUUUUCCUUAAAAAGAAAAAUAAUAAUAAAAAAA